AUGGUGGCGCGGUGGGCGGCGCUGGCGCUGGCGUGGUGCGCGUGCGCCGCCGCGCCCGCCGCGCCCCCCGCGCCCCCACCCUCCCCCUCGCCGCACCCCUCCCCCCAUACCGCGGUGCAUCCCUCGCUGCGCCCACCUCCGAAAACAUGCGACACGUUACUGCUACGCUCCCCACCACCCAUGCCACUGCACAUACGAGAGCACGAGGCUAUAGCAGCACAAACGGCGCGAGCUCUGUCCGAGCUAGUGGAGGCUGGCGCGGCGGACGAGGAGCGCGCGGCGGCGUUGGCGCGGGCGGCCGCACGCGCGCCCCUCCAUCCGCCACCCGCGGCCGUAGCUCUAGGAGCCCCGCAGCUGCAUUUGGGUGUUCUGUACCGUACAGACCCCUCUCGCCUCUUUGUUUUUCAACAGAACAACUCGGUCGCUUUACAACUCUUCUGGCGCACGCUCGCAUCCGCCUGGAACGCGAGCGCCGUCAUCUGGUCGAACGCGUGGUUUUCCUGCGAGAACGACGGCGGGAGCUGGUGGAGCGGGGCUGCGGCGGCGAGGGGCGCGGGGCCAAUGAGAGCCGCAGCAGCGAUCUUUCGCCGUCUACCCGCGGUGCCUUGCGAGGAAGCCAUGUACGACUGGCUCGGGGGACCACCACCUUGCGACCCCGCCACGACAGAAUGUCAAGCUAUUCCAAUCUUCGGAUCGCCCGAGAGGCGCUUGGAGUACCAGUGCAAGUGCCGCGCGGAUCACUGGCACGCCGAUGGCGGAGGCUGGAUACGCGUGCUGGCACUCCGGGUAGAGGCUGGGGUGGGGAUGGACGAAGGGAUGGGGGCAGGGGCGGGGCUCCGCUGCGUGCCGUGCGCGUCCAACGGCGCCGCGUGCCUCGCCGACGCGUACCGCGUAGUGCUUCUACCCGCUGACCUCGCCGGCGUGCUUCUCUGCAUUAUCAUAGGAAUCGUCAUUUUCAAAAAACGAAAGUGCAAAGCAGUUGCUAUGGGCAUGUGGACAGUACUGGAAGUAGUGCUUCUGGGAGCCAUGCUGAUGUAUGCCUCCGCGGCUUCGCAAUUCAUAUCAGACUCGAAGUGGCGCUGCGUGGUCGGCGCGUGGCUACGUGAACUCGGCUUCGUAGCGUGCUACGGCUCCGUAGUACUGCGGCUGUGGGUGUUACUGGCGGAGUUCCGAACAAGGAAAGCUCAUCGGUGGACUCCAAGGGAUGCCGAAGUGUUGCGCGUGCUCGGCGCGAUGGUGCUGGGUACGUGUUGCUACCUGGCGGCGUUCACAGCGACGGCGACGUGUGCGGCGGGCUGCGCGCACGCGGCCUGGCACCACGUGACGGCCGCCGCCGAGCUGCUGUUGCUCGCCGCCGGCUUGCGCACUGCGCACGCCGCCCGCAACGCCAACGUACCCUUUCAGGAGCGAGGUUGGCUUGCGGCGGCGCUGUGGGCAGAGGGUUUAUGUGGCGUCGCGUGGCGCUUGGCAGCGCUGGUGGGCGCGGCGCCGGAGAGCGCGCCACUGGCUGCCACAGCGCGCGCUCACCUGUCCGCCGGGGCCGCACUCGCCUGCGUGCUAGCGCCGCGCCUCUGGCACGGAUACCGAACACGCUCACUCGCACAAGAGGUGUCUCGCCGUGGCCCUGCGGAGGGUUUUGGCGCUGAAGGCGAAGAAGAACCAACUUCAGAAGAAGUUCGCGCAGAGUUAAAGCGGUUGUAUGUGCAGCUAGAAAUCCUUCGCAACAAGACACUGCGUCGUGACAAUCCCCACAUCAGCAAGCGCCGGGGAGGCAGGAAGCCACCUCACAGACGGUUCUCGUUACAAAAAAAAGGCAGCCGAGAAAAGGCACUACAAGCGCGUCGUGGCGGCAAAAACAAAACUGGUGGCAGUGCUAGUAUGGCGGAAGCCAGCGAAGCCGGAGAUGCUUCGCGAACACCAGAAGAUUCAGUCUGCUCUGCUGAAGGUCCUUCUCACUACACAGAAGGAGAUCAGGCGUGA